CCUGCAUAGCUCUCUCUCUCUCUCUCUCUCUCUCUCUCUCUCUCUCUCUCUCUCUCUCUCUCUCGCUGCAAUUAGGAAGAUGGAUGUCUCCGGAGUUGUCGCCGAGAACGCCCCGGCCAAGCCUCGAUCAACAUUGAUAUUCCUUGGCACCGGUUGUUCGGGCGGUAUCCCAAUCGCCACGUGCCUCCUCCAGCCUACGGAUCCUCCCUGCCACGUUUGCUCCCAGUCCUUGUCCGUCCCUCCAGAGCGAAACCCUAACUACAGGUGUAAUACAUCACUUCUCAUUGAUUAUUGCCCCAUCGAAGGUGAAGACAAUUAUAUCUUGAUAGAUGUUGGCAAGACAUUCAGGGAGCAAGUGCUUCGAUGGUUUACUUUCUAUAAGAUACCUCGGGUGGAUUCUAUUGUAUUGACUCAUGACCAUGCUGAUGCAGUUCUUGGUCUGGAUGAUAUUCGUUCUGUGCAACGUUUCUGCCCCACGAAUGGAAUUGCUCCCAUUCCUAUUUACCUAUCUCAGGAGACAAUGGAUAGUGUGGGUGCGAAAUUCCCGUACUUGCUAAAGAAAAAGGAUCAGGAAGGUCGGUUCGCGAGAAGGGUUGCACAGCUUGACUGGAAGAUAAUUGAGAACGACUGUAAAAAGCCAUUUGUUGCAUCAGGAUUAGAACUUGUUCCGUUGCCAGUGAUGCAUGGUGAAGAUUAUGUUUCUUUGGGCUUUCUUUUUGGACAAAAAUGUAAAGUAGCGUACAUAUCUGAUGUUUCUCGAAUUCUUCCAACCACUGAACAGUAUAUUUCAAAAAGCAGUGGCCAACGGCUGGAUCUCCUUAUCCUGGACACCCUCUCCAAGAAAGAUUUCCACACCGUUCACUUAGGGCUCCCCCAGACAUUUGAUAUUCUUAAAAAGUUGUGCCCAAAGCGAGCUUUGUUAGUUGGGAUGAACCAUGAGGUUGAUCACUACAAGGACAACGAAUUGCUUAGAGAAUGGUCAGCAAGAGAAGGGAUCUAUGUACAGUUUGCACACGAUGGGUUGAGAGUCCCCAUAGACCUUUAACAAGGUAACUGGAAACCAUGGACACCAAAUAUGUCCGUGGAUGUGUUGUAUUUUGAGCUUCUCCAGUUUCAGCAUAUAGGUGAUUGUACAAGGCACAAAGAGGUAGGAAAGGUAGUCUGGAAGCUGAUGCUGGCGGAAAAGUGUAUGCACUAUGUUGUGAACAAAAUUAAUCCCCCUGUAAAAGGGAAGAUGUAACUGUUGUUAAAUAAUUGGUGCUUCAUGAUUUGUAAUUAGCAAAAAUUAUCAAGUGAGUCAGGAUUUCAUCAAUGGACCACUUCGGGUCAACCCCACAAGGAUAAGUUGGAAUUGUAAUUUAUUGUUGAUUUCAUCAAAUGUGCUUUCCUGGAGUUGU